AUGUGGUUCAGGUGCCUGGCAAGCUUGCCUUGGGAGAAUAUAUCAAGCAGGUUAAAGAGACCUGGGAAGGAUAUUGCUUGGAUUUGGUCAGCUAUCAUGACACAACAAGCCUUAUCAGUGGAUGAAACGACCUGUUCAACAAGUGCAACAUUCAAAGAGGAGGCAACAAUUUGGACUCAUCGCUUGAACCGGAUGAGUGAAAUAUUUGAAAAAUGGAUAGAUGUUCAACGCCAAUGGGUGUACUUUGAAGCUAUCUUUUCUGGUAAUACCGACAUCAAACACCGGCUUCCCAACGCAAGUAACCAGUUCAACAUGAUCCACACCAAAUACCUUGGCCUCAUGAAACACGUCUCCAAAUCACCAUACAUUGUUGAUGAACUGACAAUGUUUUACACUCAGCGCAAAACUCUCAACAAGGAAAAAUUUCUUUGA